AUGGCGAACCGCGCUAUUAUCCCGUUCCUGGUCACGAUGAUGCUCGUGACCGGGGUUUGCAACACCAUCCUCAACAAGUACCAGGACAUGCAAUGUGUUCGCGACUGCGAAUCCGAUGAUCCCAAGCUCUUCGAACAGCCGGUCAUUCAGACCGCGCAGAUGUUUAUUGGUGAGAUGGGCUGCUGGUUGGUCCUCGGCCUGUCCAUUGUAUACAAGAACUUUAUCGCCCCCCGAAUUUCUCGCGACCAUUCCCCUCUCCUUGCUGGCGGUUAUCGUCCCGUACACGACGAGGAUGGCGGCUUUGACGACAACGAAGACCAGACGAUCGACGGACCAGCUGAUCAACGGCAUGUUAAGCCGGUUGACGAAAAUGAUGGCCGAAUUCCUCUCCGGGGCUGGAGAGUCUUCCUUCUUGCGGCCCCAUCUUGCUGUGACCUGACUGGCACAACUCUCAUGAACGUGGGUCUGCUUUUUGUCGCUGCUAGUAUCUACCAAAUGACCCGAGGAGCGCUGGUCCUCUUCGUUGGUCUUUUCAGUGUGAUAUUCCUUCGUCGAAAGCUCUAUCUUUACCAAUGGAGUGCUCUUUUUGUUGUUGUCCUCGGUGUGGCCCUGGUCGGUCUCGCCGGUGCGCUCUUCAGCGGCGACAGUGGCCAUGACAUCACACAGGAUGACGGUGUCUCUCCCAAGACUACCGGCACCCCCGAAGCAGUUCAAACUAUAGUUGGAGUCCUCCUCAUCGCCGCAGCACAAAUAUUCACCGCUUCGCAAUUCGUGCUAGAGGAGUGGAUUCUAGAGAACUAUGCCAUGGAUCCCAUGCAGGUCGUGGGCUGGGAAGGCAUUUUCGGGUUCUCUGUUACAUUCGUCGGUAUGUUGGUUCUGUAUGCUGCUGUCGGAAGCACGGAGGCGGGACGUUACGGUUACUUCGAUUUGAAGGAAGGUUGGCACGAAGUGAUGAGCAACCGCGCCGUGGCCGUCUCGAGUGUCUUGAUCAUGAUCAGCAUCGGUGGCUUCAAUUUUUUCGGUCUGUCUGUUACACGCACCGUGUCAGCCACCUCACGCAGCACAAUCGACACCUGUCGUACCCUCUUCAUCUGGCUCGUCUCCUUGGGCCUUGGCUGGGAGUCCUUCAAAUGGCUUCAAGUUGCCGGCUUUGGCCUCCUUGUCUACGGUACAUUUCUCUUCAACGACAUCAUCCAGCCCCCUCUGAAGGCCUGUCUUCCUCGUAACGGAAGAGAAGGCCAACUCUUGCUUCCUGAGGAGCCGAUCGAGCAUCACUAA